AUGGAUGAACUUUUAAUCGAAAAAGUUCGUGAACAUAAGGCUUUAUAUGACCAUGGUUCCACCGAUUAUAGGGACCAACAAAUAAGACAGAAUGCAUGGGAAGAAAUCGGAAAGGAGCUUAAAAUAACAGGGAAUAUUGCUAAACAAAAAUGGGAAAAUUUAAGGAGAUGUUUCUGCAAUGCUCGGAACAGACGUAGAGAAGAAACAAAAAGUGGCAUGGCUUCCAAAAAGAAGUCUGUGUGGAAAUACGAACCACAAAUGUCAUUUAUUAUACCAUAUUUAGAAAGCAGAAAGACGCAUAGUAACUUAAACGAAUCUCAGACAUCUGCAAAUUUGAUCAGUGAGCCAGAUGAUUUGUCAGAGGGGUCUGAAGAAGAAAAUAUACAGUCCGAACAAGCACAGAAACACAGAGAAACGCAAAAUGAACAAAAUAUUGAAGAUAAUCAAGAUGAGGCAACAUUCAGCAAUGCUGCUGCAGAUGAAACAUAUGACGAAGACAUAAAACGUAAAAAAAUGACAAAACAAUUACCAAAAUUUGAACAGGCUCAAAUUAAACUUGCAUUAAGUAACUCAGUAUUAUCUGCUGAAAUAAAGUGUAAUCGAGAACCAAGUUCUUCAGUUAUUUAUCCCAGUUAUCCUACACAACAACUAUAUGUUUCAACUCAUUCUCCGGCACCUAGUAUGAGUAGCUUGCAGACAAUGCAAUCAGUUUCAAAUCAAUCUUCAGCACUUAGUACGAGUAGUUUACAUGCAAUGCCAUCGCCUAUAGACUCGCCCAACAAUUAUCCUUUAACUACUGAACAAAAUUAUCAAAGAUCAGUGGAGCAACAUUUUCCAGCACAAGACCAGACUCCUACCAGACCAACAUUACUUCAAAUGAUGUCCAUUCCUCAUUCUCAAUACGAGUGAUUUAAUAU